AUGAAUAAAGAACUCGAGAUAGCGGGGUACACCGUGCUGCCCCUGCAGUUUCCCAAGACCUCCUCUGCAAAGGCUGCCACGCAUUACAUGUAUCUUCGGGCCCACGAGCCUCGCAACCCGGACGAAGACACCCCUCGCUCGAUGUUCAUCGUCAACGUUCCCAUCGAUACGACCGAGACGCACUUGCGCCACCUCUUCGGCACCCAGCUCUCAGCCGGCCGGGUCGAGCGCGUCCACUUCGAGUCCGUCCCCACGAAGAAGGGUCAGGUCGCGGCGCCGCAGGCACUCGUCGGCGGCGGGGUUGGCAGCAGCAAGAACAAGAAACGGAAGCGUGUGACCGCGGACGAACUGGAGUCUCAGCUAGAGGAGAUCGAGCUCCCCCCGGUCUGGGACCGACCGUUGCAGAAGAGCGGGGCGCACGCCAUUGUUGUCUUCGUGGAUAAGCCUAGCAUGGAGGCUAGCCUGAAGGCUGCGCGGAAGGCCGCGCGCAAGGCAGUCGGGGGCAGCAGCAGCAGCAAGAAGAUUGUCUGGGGGGAGGGGCUUGACGAGGAUCGCGUGCCGGCUUUGGGGCUGGAGCGGUACCUCAUCCACUCACAGGCUCAGUAUCCCAGUCGGAGCGAGUUGCUGCGCACGGUCAACGACUUCAUGACGGUGUUCGAGCAGGUGGCUGAGGUGCGGAAGCGGGAGGCGGCGCGCAAGGCCCAGGAGCCGGACGAGGAUGGCUUCGUCACGGUCACGAGUGGACCCAAGUUGGCGGAUGCCACGCGCGAGGACGAGGCUCGUGAGUUGAUCGAGAAGCAGAGGAAGAAGCAGGAGGGUCUUGAGGACUUCUAUCGCUUCCAGUCGAGAGAGAAGAGGAAGGAGAGACAGAACGAGUUGUUGAGGAAGUUCGAUGAGGAUAAGAGGAAGCUGGCGGAUAUGAAGAAGAGGAAGGGCAAAUUCGCGCCUGAGUGA